AUGGUGGCUCCUCAGAUCAGGUUACUGCUCCUGAUUUUCAUCAUGUUUCUACCAUUCUGUGCAGAUUCUACUGAUAUAUUUAAUAAAAAUAUUCACACAAUGAACAGAACUGCUUCUCAGGGAGAAACUGUUGUUUUUCACUGUAAUAACAGUGAAGAUGAAGGAGAUAAAGGAGCCGAUGUCGGGUGGCGUAAGGAGGAGAUUCUUCUUUUUAACUACAGUCCUGUUAUUAACCAAACUGUGACAAACUACACAUCAAGCAGAAUGUAUGUUGAUCCCAACAACCCACACAAACUACAGAUAUCUGAUGUACAGCCUUCAGACGCAGGAACCUAUACAUGUUUUCCCUUACCUGUACAGUGGAUACUGACCAUAGAAGUCACAGAAAGUGAACCAGAGGUGCACAGAGAAAUGUUCCUCUACAUCAUCCCUGCAGUUACAGGAGCUGCUGCAGUGUGCUUUAUUAUCUUUUCUAUUGUGUGGAUUCACAGGAAAUGGAAAAAGGCCCAGGCUGUUGAUAUGAGUGGAACAUGGGAUGAGCAUGAAGAGGUACUGCAGAAUUGUCACCUUCAGAGAGACACGCUGACUUCCUGUGACUAUACCAGCCACAGAGUUGCAGUUUGCAAGUUGCAGAUUGCAGCAUUUACCACUGCCUUUCUUGCCACCUCUCCAGACUGGGGAAAAAAAGUUUCCACACAUUUGUAA